AGGGAGUAGAUUGUUCUGAAGAUAUUGAUGAGUGUGAUCAGGGUUCACCCUGCGAACACAAUGGUGUAUGUGUUAAUACUCCAGGUUCAUUUAUGUGUAACUGUUCGCAAGGUUUCACUGGUCCACGAUGUGAAACCAACAUAAAUGAAUGUGAAUCACACCCGUGCCAAAAUGAAGGAAGUUGUUUAGAUGACCCAGGAACUUUUCGAUGUGUUUGUAUGCCUGGUUUCACUGGCACGCAAUGUGAAAUUGAUAUCAAUGAAUGUCAAUCCUCUCCCUGCUUAAAUGAUGGUAAUUGUCGUGACAUGAUUAACGGUUUUAAAUGUUCUUGUGCACUUGGUUUUACUGGACCACGUUGUCAAAUAAAUAUCGAUGAUUGUCAAUCUCAACCAUGUCGAAACAAUGGCAUUUGUCGUGACUCUAUUGCGGGAUAUACAUGCAAUUGUCCACCCGGCUAUACAGGACUAUCAUGUGAAAUAAAUAUCAAUGAUUGCGACUCUAAUCCAUGUCACCGUGGAAAAUGCAUCGAUGGAGACAAUUCUUUUGAAUGUGUUUGUGAUCCAGGUUAUACAGGCUAUCUUUGUCAAACUCAAAUAAAUGAAUGUGAAUCGAAUCCUUGUCAGUACGGUGGACAUUGCAUAGAUCGCAUAGGAUCGUAUAUAUGUCAGUGUUUGGCUGGUACAUCCGGUAAAAACUGUGAAAUAAAUGUAAAUGAAUGUCAUAGCAAUCCUUGCAACAAUGGAGCUACUUGUAUUGACGGGAUCAAUAUGUACACUUGUAACUGUGUUCCCGGAUUUACAGGAGUACAUUGCGAAAUUAAUAUAAAUGAAUGUGCUUCGAACCCGUGUGCUAACAGUGGCGUGUGUAUGGAUUUGGUAAACGGAUAUAAAUGCGAGUGUCCACGUGGCUUCUUUGAUCCAAGAUGUUUAAGUGAUGUUGAUGAGUGUGCAUCGAAUCCAUGCACAAACGAUGGAAGAUGUGAAGACGGCGUAAAUGAAUUUAUAUGUUAUUGUCCGCCUGGCUAUACUGGUAAGCGAUGCGAAAUUGAUAUUGACGAAUGUAGUUCAAACCCUUGCCAACAUGGUGGACUUUGUAUUGAUGAAUUAAACUACUUUAAGUGCCAAUGUAUGCCUGGUUAUACAGGAUAUAAGUGUGAAACUAACAUUGAUGACUGCGUUAAUAUGCCCUGUGCAAAUGGUGGCACCUGUAUUGAUAAAGUAAAUGGCUAUAAAUGUGUAUGUAAAGUUCCAUUUACAGGUUUGGAUUGCGAAUCGAAGCUUGAUCCUUGUUCCACAAAUAGGUGUCGCAAUGACGCAAAAUGUACACCAUCAACAAAUUUUUUGGAUUUUUCAUGCACUUGUAAAUUAGGUUAUACUGGUCGUUAUUGUGAUGAAGAUAUAGACGAAUGUAAGUUAUCUUCACCGUGUCGUAACGGAGCUACUUGUCGUAACGUGCCAGGCUCAUAUAAAUGUUUAUGUGCUAAAGGAUAUGAAGGCCGAGACUGUGCUAUCAAUACAGAUGAUUGUGCUUCAUUUCCCUGUCAAAAUGGUGGAACCUGUGUUGAUGGUAUUGGAGACUACUCUUGCCUAUGCGUUGAUGGAUUCGAUGGAAAACAUUGUGAAACAGACAUAAACGAAUGUUUAAGUAUGCCAUGUCAAAAUGGUGCAACAUGUCGACAAUAUGUGAAUUCAUACACUUGCACUUGUCCACUGGGAUUUUCUGGUAUUAAUUGUCAAACAAAUGACGAGGAUUGUACUGAGACAUCUUGCAUUAAUGGAGGAACUUGUGUAGAUGGAAUAAAUAGUUAUAAUUGUUCUUGCUUGACCGGAUAUAUGGGAUCGAAUUGUCAGUAUAAAAUUAAUAAAUGUGAUUCCCAACCGUGCAAAAAUGGAGCUACUUGCCAUGAAAAUGGGGAAGAAUAUACAUGUCAUUGCUCUUAUGGAUUUACUGGUAAACAAUGCACAGAGUAUGUGGAGUGGUGUCCUGAAACGCCUUGUGAAAAUGGUGCGACAUGUACUCAAAUAAAGAAUCAAUACAGUUGCAAAUGCAGUACUGGUUGGACAGGUAAACUCUGCGAUGUAGAAAUGGUUUCAUGUAAAGAUGCCGCUACUAGAAAAGGAAUAAGUCUUAAAUAUCUCUGUAAUAAUGGAACUUGUAAAGAAAUUGGAACAAUUCACCAUUGCAACUGUAAACAGGGUUUUACAGGAAGCUAUUGUCAAAAAGAGAUAAAUGAAUGCGAAUCUCAACCUUGUCAAAAUGGUGGAAGUUGUCGGGAUCUGAUAGGUACUUAUCAAUGUAUUUGUCGAAAAGGCUUCCAAGGCCAGAAUUGUGAACUUAAUAUUGAUGAUUGCUUGCCAAAUCCGUGCCAAAAUGGUGGUACUUGCCAUGACCUUGUUGAUUCGUUUCGAUGUUCGUGUCCUCCAGGGACUCUUGGUAUUAUUUGUGAUAUUAACCAGGACGAUUGUAUAUUUGGUGCAUGUCAUAACAAUGGUACUUGUAUUGAUCGCGUUGGGGGCUUUGAAUGUGCUUGUCCUCCAGGAUUUGUAGGGUCUCGAUGUGAAGGCGAUAUUAAUGAAUGUCUUUCAAAUCCAUGUUCAAACGCUGGGACAUUAGAUUGUGUACAAUUAGUGAACAAUUAUCACUGUAACUGCAAACCAGGUUACAUGGGACGACACUGUGAGAAUAAAGUUGAUUUUUGUGCUAAUUCUCCGUGUCAAAAUGGUGGCAUUUGUUCUACUAGACAAAGCGGUCAUCAUUGUCUCUGUUCGGAUGGCUUUUACGGAAAGAAUUGUGAACUCUCUGGCCAUGAUUGUAUAUCUAAUUCAUGCCAAUCGGGAAUUUGCGAAAUUGAUGAAAGCGAUGGAGAACAUCAUUGUGUAUGUCCUAAAGGAACAGCGGGAGUUCAUUGUGAAAUUGAUACAAUAGAUGAAUGCGCUCCAAAUCCAUGUUUGCAAGGAGCUGCUUGUGAUAACUUACUUGGUGAUUUUGAUUGUUUUUGUCCCACAAAAUGGAGGGGUAAGCGUUGCGAAAUUUUUGAUCCCAAUUAUAUGGGAUGGAUAUCUGACACGUCACGUGGAAAUUUAAACAAAUACACUAAAGAUCUUGAAUAUCAACGUGAAAUGUGCGUUAAGAGUAGUUGUGAGCAAAAAAAAGGAAACUUUAUAUGUGAUCCAGAAUGCAACACAUACGCUUGUAAUUUUGAUGGACACGAUUGUUCGCUUGGUAUCAAUCCUUGGGUGAAUUGUACCGCAACUAUAGAAUGUUGGCGAGUUUUUUUAGAUGGAAAUUGUAACGAAGAAUGUAAUAACGCUGCUUGUUUAUAUGAUGGUAGAGAUUGUGACAAAAAACUACAGCCAUGUAAUCCCAGUUUUGAUGGAUAUUGCCAAAAACACUAUGCUAAUGGGUUUUGUGAUUAUGGAUGCAAUAAUGCAGAAUGUAAUUGGGAUGGGCUAGAUUGUGAGACAGAAAAACCCAAUUUAGCGGAUGGUGCUAUUUCCGUUGUAAUGCUUAUGAGUAAAAAACAAUUUCAAGAAGCACAGGUUGAGUUUUUGCGAGAAAUGGGACAUGUUUUACGAACAACAGUUCGUGUAAAAAAAGACUCAAUGGGAAACGAUAUGAUAUUCAUUUGGAAAGGAACAACUCCAAUAACUGAUUUUGAAAACACCGAAUUUGGACGAAAACAUAAAAUUAUUUUCACGGAGCGGAAUGAUCAAAAUGGAAUUCAGAUAUAUUUAGAGAUUGAUAAUAGAAAAUGUAGAGACUGUUUUAAUCGUGCUACUGAAGCGGCAGAAUUUUUGGCAGCUACUGCUUCAAAGUAUACACUAUCAAGGAAAUUCCCCAUUUUUAGUGUACAAGGUGUGCAAAAUCCUGGAGAAGACGUCGAUGAAACACCCACCAAUGUUAAAUACGUAACAUUGGGUAUUGUUUUAGUCGUACUAGCAUUUGCACUAUUUGGAGUAUUAGUUACAACACAACGUAAGCGAGCACAUGGUGUUACUUGGUUUCCUGAAGGCUUUCGUGCACCUGCAAAUGCUAUCAAUCGGCAACGAAGACGUAGAGAUCAUAGUGGACAAGAAAUGCGAAAUUUGAAUAAAAACCAAUCAAUAGUUUGUAUGAGUAAUGAUGUCAAUAUGAAUUCGGGACAUAUAGGUCAUGCAGCGCAUUGGUCUGACGACGAAUCAGAUAUCCCUCAACCUAAAAGAACACGAAAUGAUAUCACCGGCUAUUCAAGUGAUCAUACAAUUGUAACAGAUUAUGAGGAAGCAGAUCCACGAGUUUGGUCUCAAGCACAUCUAGAUGUAGCGGAUGUUCGAUCCUCUAUUAUGACUCCUCCAGCACACCAGGAUGGUAAACAUGAUGUCGAUAUUCGUGGUCCUUGUGGUAUGACACCCUUAAUGGUGGCUGCAGUUCGUGGUGGUAGCAUUGACACUGGUGAUGACAUUGAAAAUUCCGAUGAUGCAACAGCUCAAGUAAUAUCUGAUUUACUAGCACAAGGAGCUGAACUAAACGCUACAAUGGAUAAAACGGGAGAAACUUCAUUACAUUUAGCAGCCAGAUAUGCACGAGCAGAUGCAGCUAAACGACUGUUAGAUGCUGGAGCAGAUGCAAAUUGCCAAGAUAAUACAGGACGUACGCCAUUACAUGCUGCUGUAGCAGCAGACGCAAUGGGUGUUUUCCAAAUAUUAUUACGUAAUCGAGCUACUAACUUAAAUGCUCGCAUGCAUGAUGGAACUACACCAUUAAUUUUAGCUGCUCGUCUUGCAAUUGAAGGAAUGGUUGAAGACUUAAUUACUGCCGAUGCAGAUAUAAAUGCAGCUGAUAAUUCUGGAAAAACUGCCCUACAUUGGGCAGCUGCUGUAAAUAAUACAGAAGCAGUAAAUAUUUUAUUAAUGCACCAUGCCAAUCGCGAUGCUCAAGACGAUAAAGACGAAACACCCAUUUUUCUUGCGGCUCGUGAAGGAUCAUAUGAAGCUUGUAAAGCUCUUUUAGACAACUUUGCAAAUCGGGAAAUAACUGAUCACAUGGAUCGCUUGCCACGUGAUGUUGCAUCUGAACGAUUACACCAUGAUAUAGUACGUCUAUUAGAUGAACAUAUUCCACGUUCUCCUCAAAUGAUAAUGACACCACAAACAUCAAUUGGGUCUCCUUCACAAAGUGGUCAACCUCAAAUGAUUACACAACCUACAGUGAUUACCACUGGUAAACAGUCAUCACAAGGACCUAAAAAUAAGGCAUCUAAAAAAUCUAAAAUUCUUGAAGGUAGUCCAGAUACUGGUAUGGAUACAGGUAGUUUACGACGAAAAACUAACUCAAAAAAGGGAAUGAACACAACUUCAAAAAAGGGAGUAAACGGACUUGUAGCAGCACAACUACUAAAUGGUUUAACUAGUGGUCACACGGGUUCGGGACUCCACAAUACAGUGGACAAACAAAUUUUAGAUGGUGGAAUAAAUUCUAUCGAGUCACCACCACCGACAGCACUAACAAAUUUAUCGAGUCCAUAUGACACAUCUUCAGUUUAUUCAAAUGCGAUAUCGGCUCCACAUCAUCAUAAAGAUCUUUUAAUUAAUAACAAAAAUAAACAACCUCCUAGCUACGAAGAUUGCAUUAAACAUGCACAAUCUAUUCAAUCGAUACCACAUCAGAAUAAUAUUGAUUUGAUAAAAAUGGAUAAUUAUGGAUUCUCCAUGAACGCUGCAUUUCAUGCCGAAAUUCUAGGUAAUCAGGGUGUUAAUCCGCUUUGUAUAACUGGUCGAAAUGUACUGGGAAAUAAUGAUCAGGCUUUAAGUCCACCAUAUUCCAAUCAAUCGCCACCACAUUCAGUACAAAGUAAUGUUGCCCUAUCACCACAAGCCUAUUUAGGUUCCCCUUCACCAGCAAAAACACGACCGAGCUUACCAACAUCUCCUACACACAUUCAAGCUAUGCGUCACGCUACGCAUCAAAAACAAUUUGGUAGUAAUUCAAGCAAUAUGCUUGCAAAUUGCGCAUUAACUAACACAAAUCCAUCUCUAUGCAAUGUAGCUACAACUUCUAAUAAUUUAUGUUUUCAAUCAAAUGGAAACCAAAAUAAUUCGCAACAAACUUCACCAAUUAGUUUAGGUAUAAUAUCACCAACUGGUAGCGACGUUGGUAUUUUGAUGUCUUCUCAGCAGCCGCAACAAUCAAUAAUGCAACAAUGUAACACAAAAAAUAAUGCAACUAUACAGCAAUUGGGCAAUAUUGAAUAUAAUUCAGCAGGACUGGAUAUUAAUAGUCUAUGUGGAUCUCCUGAUUCCUUUCAUUCUGGACAAAUAAAUCCACCCUCUAUUCAAAGUUCUUUGGCAGGGUCGUCACCUUCUUCAAAUAUCCUUUCACCAACUUCUCAAAAUAAUCAAUCAUUUUAUCAAUAUUUAACUCCGCCUAGCCAACAUUCUGGUAGUCAUACUCCUCAACAUUUGGUUCAGACACUUGAUAGUUACCCUACUCCUUCGCCAGAAUCACCAGGUCAUUGGUCGAGCUCAUCUCCGCGAUCUACAUCUGACUGGUCAGAAGGUGUUCAAUCUCCAGCAGCAAAUAAUAUAUACAUAUCUGGUGGACAUCAAGCCAACAAGGGGUCAGAAGCAAUAUAUAUAUGACAAUGAGUAGCAUUAUAAAUGUAAAUUUGUUUUCGCAUAAUUUUAAUUCAUUAAGAAAUUAAUUGUUUUUCAGUAACUGUAAAUUUAGCAUUGUAAUAACUUUUUUUUAUAUGUUCUCAACAUAAUAUCUGUAUUUUUAUAAAAGUUAAAGAUGUUAUAUUUUUAUAACUGACAUUGUGUGUAUAAUGACGUUAGGCUACGUUAUAAUUUCAAGAUAAUUAAGAAAUUUUAUUUAUAAUUUUCGCAAAUUCAUUUU